AUGCCCCUUCGAGACCUACUGAAGAAAAAGGACAACAUUGAGAACAACCAGGCACCUGUGGCACCUUCUAGUCUUCCUCAGGCCACCGAGUUCACCUUUGUUCGUACCGACACACAGAAUCAGGAGUUCAUCCAUCCUCCGGGAUUCGGUGCAGAUAACGAGGCCCGAGCCAGUGACGCAGAUGGCUCCCCGAAGAAAGGUUUGGGACGAUUUCGAAGACAUUCCAAAGCAUCUCCCAGGGAGACGUCCCCUUUACCGUCACCCUCAGCAAAGGAGCACAAGCGACUGUCUCAUCGACUGCACCUGAACAGAGACCGUUCCGCCAGUACAAGCUCUACACACCUUCCGUCUGACCUGCCGGACAUCGCAGACGACUUCAACCCGGAGACCCGAGAGCACAAGGAGGCAGAGUGGGAAGACCGGGCCACGAGACUUGCAUCCAAAAGCCCCAACUCGGCUACUUUCCCACCUACAACAGAGAUGUCACACCUGAAGACGGGUUCUGCCUCACGAAGUCCAAGCAGACCACGUAGUGUGAGUGAUGCUGCGAGCGACGUUAACAUCCAAGAAGCCAUCCGCCUGCACGAAUCUGGUCAGCUUGAGCAGGCCACCCAAAUGUUCCAUCAACUUGCUGAGCAAGGCAAUGUAUUAUCUCAGGUCCUAUACGGCUUGUCUCUCCGCCAUGGAUGGGGUUGCCAGCCUGAUACCCAGAAGGCGGUCACAUACCUUUCACAGGCUGCUGCAAACUCAGCCGAGGUUGAGUCACAGGCACUGAAAGCUGGAAUGACAAAGGGAGGUGCAGCCAAAGGAGAGCUAGUCCUAGCCAUCUUUGAACUUGCCAAUUGCUUUCGACAUGGCUGGGGCGUCCCCAUCGACAAAGUUGCUGCCCGCCAAUACUACGAAACCGCCGCGAACUUGGGCGAUACCGACGCCAUGAACGAAGCAGCUUGGUGCUACCUAGAGGGAUUCGGCGGUAAGAAGGAUAAGAACACGUGA